GUGCCUGGAUAUUUCUCUGUAGGCAGUCAGGUGACUUGGGAAUUUAUCGGGCUAUUAUACACUGCUGGGUCGUUGUUUUGUUUUGUCCAUUUCUGCUGUAAACAGCGGAACAGAAACAAGAAACUGCUAUGUCGCAUGCGUUUACAUCGGCUGUCAUAGCUGCGGAAAAGACUUGCUCCUGAAUUAAAUCACAAGGCUUUGAGUGAAUUAUGCUGGACAUUGGCGCAGAGGUGGUGAGAUUUGCCCAGUAUGGCAAUAUCACAGUGAUCCCUACACCUGAAAACACCUCUGUGGCUCCCACCUGGCCCCCAGAGUCGGAGAUGAACGUCACCAAACCACAUAGGUGCCUUCAGGUCCUUUAUGAAGACAUCAGCAACUCUAGAGUGCGCUUCUGGGACCUGUUGCUUCUGGUACCUAAUGUGGCCUUUUUCAUGUUCCUGCUCUGGAAGCUGCCAUCGGCACGUGCCAAGAUCCGCCAAACUUCCAGUCCCAUCUUCAUCACCUUCUACAUACUGGUAUUCGUGGUAGCUGCAGUUGGCAUCACCCGUGCAAUAGUGUCAAUGACUGUAAGUGCAUCCAGUGCUGCCACCAUCAUAGACAAGGUGCUGUGGGAGAUAACGCGCUUUUUCCUCCUGGCCAUAGAGCUCAGUGUAAUCAUAUUAGGACUGGCAUUUGGUCAUCUUGAGAGUAACUCCAGUAUCAAACGUGUGUUGGCCAUUACUGCAGUGCUGGCGCUGGGUUACUCCAUCACACAGGGGACUCUGGAGAUUCUUUACCCAGAUGAACAUCUCUCAGCUGAAGAUUUUAAUAUAUAUGGCCAUGGAGGGCGCCACUUUUGGUUGGCCAGCUCCUGUUUCUUCUUCCUGGUUUAUUCUCUAAUAGUCAUCCUUCCCAAAACCUCGAUCAGGGAUAGGAUAUACUUGCCAUCCAAGAAGAGCUUCUAUGUGUACGCUGGCAUCUUGGCUGCCCUUAACCUGGUCCAGGGCCUUGGCAGUGCGCUGCUGUGUGCAGACAUCAUUGAAGGCCUCUGCUGUGUUGACGUGACCACAUUCCUCUACUUCUCCAUGUUCGCUCCGCUUAUCUACGUGACAUUCCUCAAAGGCUUCUUCGGCUCCGAACCCAAGAUCCUCUUCUCCUACAAGUCUCAGAUCGACGAGCCUGACGAGACGGACGUGCACCUGCCCCACACCUCGGCAGGGAUGAGCCGCAAGGACCUGGACCACAGCUCCUUCUCCAGCACCCAGAUCGACGGCUCCGGGUCCUACCUGGACGACGUGGCCUCAGGACCGUACGGCGUGGGCAGCAUCAACAGCAUCGACAGUGACCGCUGGAGGGCGAUCAACGCCUGAGAAGGAGAGCGAAUGACGGACACAAAAGAGACAGGCAGAGGAAGGGUGGAGAGAAAAGGAGAGAUAGCAGGAAGGAGGGAGGGGGCAGCAUAGCGCAGGGAGAGGGGAGAUGGAGAGAGAAAAGGAGCACUGGUAGAGAGGCAGAGGCAGAGGAGGAGAAAGGACAGAGGUAUGCGUGGUGCUCGAGGGGAACAAUGAUUUGGCAGUCUGCCCUCCCUCCAGUGUAUUCCUGUAGUAUUGAGAGCUGCAGUGAUAAAUACCAAACCAAGAGGCUGAUUGUGAUUGACGUCCACUACUACCUAAAGUAUUGCACCCUUUUUUUUGGUUUGUAGAUGUGUGUAUGCACAUUUUCUUUUCCCAAGCACAGGCAAGCUGAUUUAUGCAGGCUUUUAUUUUUUUCAGCAUAGUUAAAUUUUAAUUCGAUGUUGCGUUCGUACUACCUGUUUGUUUGUUCGUUAGGUUGUUCAUGCUGGGAUGUCUGGUCUCCAACGGCUACUGCCUCGUGACUGUAGACUGCUAGGAGUCAUGUUGUGUUCUGUCUUUCGUCUGGCCAUGUCAUGGUGAUCGGAGGGACCAUUCCCAGAAUGAUGUUGCACACUGAAACUGAGACACACUCACACACAAACACACACCCACACCCAUACUCUUGCCUAAAUCCAUACCCGUAGCGUCGAUGCUCAAAUCUCUGCAGCUAGUAUGCUAGCAUGGUCUCUUGCUUGCUUAUGAUAGUCAAGAUCCUAGAAACAACCCAUACUGCUGAGAAAUAAUUCCCACAGAAACAAUAAUGUCAGUUUACACCAGUGUUGAAUCGCCUGUACAGUAACUAUUCACUGAUCCUGAGACACAGUUCCCUUUUCUCAGAAUUAAGCCUGAACAUCUGACUGGUAGUAUUUAGAGACUUUGCCAACCAGUGCUACAGUUUCAACUGCAUAGUGGAAGGGACUGUUGGUUCAGUUACUCCCUGUAUUCUGAAUACAGUAUAGUUCUGGGUCGAAUGCUGAAUGCUUGAGCCCUCUUUCACCCUUCAGACCAGAGAGCCUACUCCUGCCCUAAUGAAGGGAGAGGUGCUCUAAACCCUCCAAUGGAGUGAGGAACAGGUGAUGUCAGACUCCAGGAUGGACUCUGUCAUGUGAAAUGCUUGUGUGUCUAGGCUUUUACAUUUCCAAUAUUUAUUUAUUCUAGUGAUCUUGUCUUUUAUUUCUAAGCCAACAGCGAGAAUCACAUUGUCACCGCCUCUCUUAUGUCUCAUUAACCUUGUCAUCAGCUCAGAUGUUUAUUCUGCUAAUAACACCCUCUUAAUUUUAUAUUUAAUGUAUCUCAAAUGUUUUAUUCAGUUGUUUCACUUGACAGAGAAAAAAGAAUGGGGUAUUUUUGUGACCAAAUAAUGUAUAUAUUUUGAAUGUUGUGGGUGAAACAUCUGUUGUUGUUUUUUUUUUUCAUUCAUAAAAUAGAUGUGUUUGGGGGGAAACAAA